GGACAUGCUUAAAUGUCGAGUGUGCAGGACAUACAUUAUGCUAUUAUGUGGAUCUUUGUUCAGGAAUACAUUAAAAAUCAAAUUUAACUUAACAAAUUAAAUCACGUAAUACAAUAAUCAUAUACUUGCUGGCAAUCGUUCGUGUAUUUUCCUCGGUGCGUCUAUCCGGUUUCGUACACAGAUUGUGACUUUGACCGGAAAACACUCAGUUGGACUCUAUCUGCCAAGGACGUUUCCUUCCACUCCUGCAUUCCGGCCCAGGCCCAGUCAAAAUGUCCAUGAUACUAAUUGAAACAGUUGUCGUGUUUUUAUGUGUGCACGCAAUCGGAUGGACCAACAGCAUGCACAUCAAAGUUUCCAGCUCGUAUCAAAAUGGUGACCAUGUUCUAGUACGCUUCCUUUGGGACGACACAACAGAUGCAUUAGAUGUACAACAUGAGUUCCCAUCUAACAAAACACAGAUAAAGAUCGCUAAGUGCGACGCAAAAGGUGAAUAUUCAGAAAACAAAAGUGAGUGCAGUCUAACCGGGCUAUCCAAUGGCUAUGUUGUUUGGGGAGCGAAUAGAAUAACAUACCUUGUGAUUGAAGAAAUAAGUGAUGCAACAACUGGAAUGUAUUUUUUCAUAGACCGAAAUAAUCCAAGUAUAAAUUUAAGCAUCGACGUACAACCAAAUUCCACAACAAGAUGUGGAAAAUACGACAAGGAAAUUUUGACAUUUCUCUUGAAUGUGACGUCAUGGGAAAACUAUAUUGUCGCUGCUGUGAUAACUGACCUGGUGCACUACUUUAUAGGCAUCCCGUUGUUGAUAAUCUACGUGUACGUCGUUCUUUCUGCACCCGCCCGAAGAGGAAUUGUUGAAUGGAUUACUCACCAAACUGCUUGGUUCUUGGCAGCCCAAGGAAGAAUUAGAGAAUGGAUAACUCAACAAACUGCUCUGCACUUGAGGCGCAAUGAAGUUAACUGAUCUUCAUCCCCAGAAGGACAGGGUCCACCAAAUGACGCCAUGGUGUAAAAAAGAUCAGUGUACCCUAAAAAUUGGGACAUGCUUUACCCACCACGUUUCGAAGAAAAUGUGUUAUGUCUUUAUGGCUGAGUUGUGGACAAAUGGAUGAUAGUCGUGUUUGGUUCUGUCUCUUGUUUGUAUAACCGUUUAUAUUACAUGCCAUUUUAUAGAACUUCAUAUGUAUAUACAUAUAUGAGCACAGUGCUCGUGGUCAGCUUUGAUGAUCACAUUUUGUAUGUCGUACGUAGUUAUAUGCAGCUUAACUAACUAGCUUGUUAAUAUUUUAGAAGCUACAUUUAUUGUCCAAUUAUCAUAACACUGUGUUAGAACAUUUGCCCCAAUUAUAUCUUACAGAUUAAGAAACUGGAUGCCGUGAGGUUAAAACCAGAUGAAAUUAUAGAAAAAGCAUGUCAAUACUUUAGAAGUCACAUUUAUAGUCCAAUCUUCAUCCUGUAUCCAUAUAACUUGCUCAUAACAUUUGUUUCAAUGAUACCUUGAUGCAGAUUGAAAAGUGCUUCGGUUUGCUAAGACAUGGCUGCCAGGGGCACGCAGGUUUCCUUAUAUGACAAUAGUAAACCCUUGUGAAUAUUAAAAUCAGGUUUGUGCUUUCUAAAUUAACCAUGGAAUUUGCUUGGAAGCUUUGUUCGGCAAUUAAGAAACCAUUUUGUUGAUAUAAGGAAAGAUUCUACACAAUACCAAUUCAUGCUUUUAAUUAAAUUAAUGAAUCCUAUGACAUUUAUUAUCUGCAUAAGUCAUAUAAAUAUACGUUCUCCCUAUGAAAUAUAAAAGUAAAAGUGCGAGAAAAGAUUGUUGUUAAGUUUGUUUCUGAAGAGCAUUAUUAUGAUUGGUUUGUGAUGAAUAGUACACACAUGUUUUAUGCUAUCGGAAUACCCUUUACUUAAUUUUCUCAAACGUU